UAGUACUGCCAUUUAAACACACACACACUGUGCAUACACACGGCAAAAAAAGAUGGCAGUACUUGGUAGUUACUCGAUACCUUUACUUGGAAUCAGCAUCUUCAUUGCUACUCUGACCUACAUCACCUACAGGCUGCUCAGCAGUUACCUGCACAAAUGGUUUACCAUGAAGCCCAUCCCGGAGGCGGAAGGAACGUAUCUCUUCAUUGGAAAUGCACUGCAGUUCAAAGCCGAUGCAGGAGAUUUCUUUCGUCAAAUUCAGGAUUUUACCCGUGAAUUCAGUGAUGCACCGCUAUUUAAACUCUGGGUUGGACCAGUCCCAUUUGUGGUUCUGUUUCGUCAUGAAACUGUUGAGCCGGUUCUGACCAAUGCUGUCCACAUGGAGAAAGCCUAUGCAUACAAGUUCCUCUACCCUUGGCUUGGAACUGGCCUUCUGACUAGUACUGGCCCUAAGUGGCGUCAGCGGCGGAAGAUGUUGACCCCCACCUUCCACUUCUCCAUCCUGACGGACUUCUUGGAGGUGAUGAACGAGCAGGCAGAGAUCCUGGUGGAGAAGCUGGGGAAGCAGGCGGGGAAGGGUCAGUUCGACUGCUUCAGUCACAUAACCCUGUGUGCCCUGGACAUUAUCUGUGAAACGGCAAUGGGAAAGAAAAUUUACGCCCAGAGUAAUUCUGACUCAGUGUAUGUUAAGAGCGUGUACAAAAUGAGUGAUAUUGUCAGCCGCAGACAGAGGUCACCUUGGUUUUGGCUCGACUUUGUGUACAACUUCUUUGGUGAGGGCCGGGAGCAUGACAGGACCCUCAAGAUCCUGCACUCCUUUACAAACAAAGUGAUACACGAAAGAAUGGAGAACAUUUCCUAUACUGAAUCAGACAGCGACUCUGACCAGGGCGCAAGGAAAAGACGAGCCUUUCUGGACAUGCUCUUGAAGACCACAGAUGAGGAGGGCAACAGAAUGAGCCAUCAGGACAUUCAGGAAGAAGUGGACACCUUUAUGUUUAGGGGACAUGAUACUACAGCAGCCUCUAUGAACUGGGCCAUACAUCUGCUGGGAUCCCACCCCGAGGCCCACAGAAAAGUUCAACAAGAGCUCCAGGAGGUGUUCGGUACAUCCGACAGGCCCGCUAACAUGGACGACCUGAAGAAGCUCAAAUACCUGGAUUGUGUGAUCAAGGAGGCCCUGCGACUGUUUCCCUCCGUGCCUUUCUUUGCCCGCAGCCUCGGUGAAGACUGCCAUAUCAAUGGUUUCAAGGUGCCUAAAGGUGCCAAUGCCAUCAUCAUUACCUACGCUCUCCACCGUGACCCGCGAUACUUCCCUGAGCCUGAAGAGUUCAGGCCUGAGCGCUUCCUGCCAGAGAAUUCAGUAGGAAGGCCUCCAUAUGCGUAUGUCCCCUUCUCCGCUGGACUCCGCAACUGUAUUGGUCAACGUUUUGCUCUGAUGGAAGAAAAGGUGAUAAUGGCGUCCAUUCUGCGUAACUUUAACGUUGAAGCUUGUCAGAAACGUGAAGACCUGCGGCCGCUGGGAGAGCUCAUCCUGCGACCAGAGAAGGGCAUCGUGAUCAAACUGGAAAAGAGGAAACACCAAACUUAAUAAAACUAGCACUUUUUCGCUAGUACA